GAAAGCAGGGAACAAGGAGGGAAGCAAACCAAAGUGGGCGUGACCCUGGACCUUCAGCUGACAAGGCCCAGGGGCGGGGCCUCACAGAGCUGAGCUGGUGUUGGACUGAGUUCCGCUCCGUCUGCGGAACAUGGCCCCGGGGCCAUCAGCCACACAGGGGAUCCUGCUGCUGCUGCCUCUCCUACCUCUUUCGGUCCCGCCCUGCUCUGGCUCACCCUUGUCCCCACAGGUGACGCUGGGUACCGCGGAUGGCAACUGUGACCCCUCGGAUCAGUGCCCGCCCCAGGCCCGCUGGAGCAACCUAUGGCAUGUGGGGCUUACCCUGCUUGCCAUAUUCCUGAUGCUUCUGUGUGGGGUCACAGCCAGUUGUGUACGACUCUGCUGCCUCAGGAAACAGCCUCACACCCAGACCCACACGCCAGCAGCAUGGCAGCCCUGUGACGGGACAGUCAUCCCUAUGGACAGCGACAGCCCUGCACACAGCACGGUGACCUCCUACAGCUCCGUGCAGUACCCACUGGGCAUGCGGUUGCCCCUGUACUUUGGGGAGCCAGACCCUGACUCCAUGGUACCCCCCACCUACAGCCUAUACCCUACAGAGCUGCCACCCUCCUAUGAUGACGUUGUGAAGAUGAUAAAAGCCAGGGAGGAGGCAGCAGCUCCCUCUGAGAGAACCAACCCUCUGCCAGAGGCCUCUGAGCUAGAGACCACUGGAGGGCCCCAGGAGUCAGGCCCCACUCCCUAGUGGCCCUAGCUGCACCCGUUUGCAAAGGGUGGGUGUUCUUUCUCCUGGAGCCAUUAAACCCCAGCCUGGAUUCCUGAGACCAAGGAACCCCACCCCUGUCAUCCUUCCCCCGGGAAGGCCAGCCAUCCAGCACAUUGCUGCAGACUCUCGGCCUCAUUGCUAUGCAAUGCCUGGCCAGCCAGCCUGCCCUCCCACCCAUCGGGGCCCAGCAGACCCUCACCACGGAGGAGCCUGGAUCUUGGAAACUCAAGCCCCACUGGCCUGUCAGCCCUCUGAGGGGAAAAUAAAGUUUAUGUAAACGUGGUC